CCCCUGGCCGAGCGACCGAUCGCCUUCACCCGGUAUAGUUUGAUCCCGUCCGAACGGGAGGCUUUCAGGUAGCGGGGGAGGAAGAACGGAACUCCGCUGCGAUGAGGCUCCUUCUGGCCGGAGCCGUGCUGCUGUCAGCGGCCGCCUACUACGUCUACCUGCCGCUACCGAGCGGCGUGAGCGAGCCCUGGAAGCUGAUGCUGCUGGACGCGCUGAUCCGGAGCUUCAUGCAGGCGAGCGACGUGGCUCACGCGCUGGGCGUGUGCCACCGGGUCCACCUGCUGAACCAGGUGGUGUCCUGGGUGGAGGAGGUGGAGGCUCGCUCCUGCUCCGCCGUGCACGUGAGCGACUCCUCGCUGGGCGGCGUGCCCGCCCGGGUCUUCCUGCCGACGGCGGGGAGGCGGCUGAAGAGGGGAGUCGUUUAUUUCCACGGUGGAGGCUGGGCGCUCGGCAGCGCACGGAUGCGGUCAUACGACAGUCUCUGUCGGAAGAUGGCGGAGGACCUGGACUCUGUCAUCAUAUCGGUCGACUACCGUCUCGCUCCAGAGGCGGUGUUCCCGGAUCAGUACCACGACGCGUUGGCGGCGUCGCGGGCCUUCCUGUCGGCUCCGGUUCUGCAGCGCUACGGCAUCGACCCGGAGAGGGUGUGCGUGUCCGGGGACAGCGCCGGGGGAAACCUGGCCGCCGCUGUGGCCCAAGAGCUGAGCUCAGACGACACUCUGCCGGUGAAGUUCAAGGUCCAGGCGUUGAUCUAUCCGGUGCUGCAGGCGCUGGACUUCUACACCCCGUCCUACCAGCAGAACCGGGCGGUGCCCAUCCUCUACAGGCCUGUCAUGGCCCGCUUCUGGCUGCAGUACCUGGGCGCCGACGCCUCCCUGGAGCCCCUCCUGCUCGCUAACAACCACAGCUCCCUGGACCAGCCGGCCAUCGGUGCCGACGCUCGCUCCAAGCUGGACUGGACCGCUCUGCUCCCGGCGGAGCGCAAGAAGCACUUCCGGCCCGUGGCGAGAGAAACGGGGUCGCCGCAGGUGAUGGUCGCCGUGCCGGAGCUGAUGGACGUCCGGGCGGCGCCGCUGCUGGCGGAGCUGGGCGCCCUGGGCGCGACGCCCAAAGCGUACGUGAUGACGUGCGAGUUCGACGUGCUGAGGGACGACGGGUUGAUGUACAUCAGGCGGCUGCGGGACGCCGGCGUCGCGGUGACCAGCGACCACUACGAGGACGGGUUUCACGGCUGCAUGGCGUUCGCCUUCGCGCCGGUUCUGUCCAGCGUCGGACGGAGGAGCGCCGACAACUACAUCCGCUGGCUGGACCAGAAUCUGUAGAAAAGACAAGAAGAAGAAGAUCAAGAAGAAGAAGGGGGUCUGUGGCGCCAACUGGAGCAGAAGGACCGGUACCGGAGAACUCCUCGUUGGUUCUGCAGAGAGGUAACUUGUUUUUAGGGUCAUGGUCACAGGCUUUAGAGCAGCUUGUGGUCUACUUCUGCCUCAAUCUGCAGGACCGAGUCCUUAAAACCCAGAAAGGAGUCGCCGUGUUUGCACUUUCUGUUUUUCUCAGGCCGCGACUUCAAACACGUUUCUGGUUUCGACGUCAGCUCCAUACUUUACACUUCAAGCUCCUCUAUAGGCUAACGUUAGCUCCAUACUUUACACUUCAAGCCCCUCUAUAGGCUAACAUUAGCUCCUUACUUUACACUUCAAGCUCCUCUAUAGGCUAACGU